AUGGAUUCAAGGGCCAGAAAAUUGGUGAAUCUCGCCAUAAAUAAUGACAGUGCAGCAAUGAAUGAGAAUACAGGUAACGAAAACCCAUUCAGUAAUCCACAACCAAGUACAUCUCGAACCCUAAAACAAACUAUUUUAGAUGAAACAGUAAGUGACUUUUCUAGUGACGAUUCUGUGGCCGAUCCUAACUACUCUCCGGGCAGUCCUAGCUUACUUACACAACAUAAAGAAAUGGAAAUUGCUGUUCCUAAUGCAUCAGUGGAUAUGCAUAUAACGUCAGGCAAUGAGACACCUGAAAACAUUGGAGAUAUUUCUUUGCUACAACAAAACCAACCAGUGUCCUGUAGAAAAAAUAAGCAAGAAAACAAAUUAAAAAGAAAUCUUGGCCAAUCUUAUGUAACAACUUCUGGGAAAACUAUUGGAAAACGUCAAAUGAAAGAAUUACCUAACUGUCGCAAUAAGUGCCGACAGAAAAUAAGUGAUAAACAGCGCGCUUUGAUACACAAGGAGGUUUGGAAUCUUGGGUCUUACGAUUUAAGGGCAGCAUUCAUUUCAUCUUUGAUCACUAUCCAAGAGAAAAAAACUGAACGUCUUCGUGUCGAAGAUCCUGACAAACAAAUUGUAGACAACACACAUAAGAAUCAUUUCAACGUUAAUAGUGAAAAAUAUCGGUGUGUCAAGGGUGUUUUCAAAAAACCCUAUCAAUAA